GAUUUUAAUGGUUUUUCAGUAUUCGAGCUUUAAAAAUAGACCAGUCUGCGUGUAGUGGUUUUUAACGUCGGUUGACAUUCCACUACUGGGGAGGGGUAAAAAAGUUGUUUGGUGUGUUGACCCACACUGGUGUGUUCAUUUUGGAACUUAUUUAGUUUUUUUUUUCUCCAAGAGCGUUUCAUUUUAAUCAGUGACUUGGAUAUUUCGUUUCAUAAUACUAAUGUGUAAGACUUAUUCAUAGUAAAACAUCAAAGGACCACGCCUUUCGACACGGAAGCGUAUGUCUCACCUGUGAAGAUUUUAGGACGUUUAUUCUUAACAAAAGUUCAAUGGAACUAUAAAAACUGACGGCAAUUUUAGAAAACUUGAAAAAACAACAUGAAGAUGUACCUGCCAGCUUUUGCUGCAGCAGUUUUUGCCAUAAUUACAACAUGUACUGCAGAUGGACAUGGGUUGGAAUGUGAGGAAAGUAAAGGAUGGUUUAAAGGUUGGGACAAGUGUUACAAAAUAUUUCAUGGAGAUCACAUAAGGUCCUACGCAAGAGCAGAAGAAAUGUGUGAUAGUUAUGGAUCUCGUCUAGUUACAAUCAAAGACCAGCCAGAGAAUGAUCUCAUUGGUAGAAAAUUUACUGAAAUUCGUGCAUCAGAAGAUUCUUACUAUAUUGGUUUGGCUAAAAAGAAGUCGGAUGCUUGUGCUACAUGUACAGAACUAAGAUGGAGUAAUGGCAUGGAAGCGACGGAAACCGAGGGCUUCUGGUCCGAUGACCAACCUGACGACUCUAACGGGGGAUGCGUUUUUGCACACAAGAACAGUGAGGAUUAUGUAUAUGACCGACCAUACACAUUUUCCUAUAGCAACUGUAUGAUCCUCCGUGCAUUUAUCUGUGAAAAAAUGGCAGCACCUGAAGGCAGUUUCUUCUGUAUGGGUAAAGGCUACAUUAACGGCAAUAAUGUAUGUGAUGGUAAAACUGAUUGCGAGGAUGGUUCCGAUGAAAUGAACUGUACUUCCAGAUGUCGAUAUCAUCAUACUGGGGAACAGGGAAUUCUGGGACCGUUGAUUUACAGAGAUGCUACAACAUGCACUUGGGCAAUUGAGACUCCUCCAGGAACAAAUGCUCUUGUACAGUUUGAUAACUUCAACACUGAGUAUAAUGCAGACUUUGUGACAGUGAUGACUGGUAGCUUUGAUGAAAGCAGGGCAAUGAUUGUUGGCCGUAUAUCUGGAAAUAUCGGGAGAAAAACGUUCCGUAGCUACAACAAUAAAAUCUUCGUCAAGUUCUUCUCGGACUCCUCUGUCAGCAACACUGGCUCAAUGACUGGCUUUACCGGAACAUACGGAACCUUGAAAGAUGAUUCAGGCCAAAAAGUAAAUUUAGUGGCUCAGGAUAAUCCAAAAGAGUAUACUAUUAAAACAUUUGAUGUUGAAAACACCAACACCUUCCUCGGACAAAGAGAUUAUAUAAUUGUCAUAAGUACAGAAAAUAACUUUCAGUUCGGUCAAAUGAUAACGUUAGAGAUUCUGGACCUCAAGCUAAGUGAUGGUGACAUGGUUAUGUUCUUUGAUGAUGAAACUCCACGAGAUAAUAUUCUGCUGUCUACAAGUUGUAACGACGAGGAGCUUUGUCAAAACAACAAAGUAAUUUACUCGACAGAUAAAAAGUUGUCCAUUCUUCUGAGAACAAAUAAAAUGGUCAAUAAAGAUAUGGCCUUCAGGUUCCGGUACAGACAAGGAUGUUAUUAUGAGACUACUGAUGUUUGGGGAACAAUUUACACACCUGGAUAUACUGGAAAUAUUAACUAUCCAAGCUCUGUAAGCUGUGAGUGGAAAAUUACUACAAAUGUACCAGUUACAUUUUAUUUUGACAGCAAUUCUAGACUACAGUCCAAUGACUACAACCGGGACGUAAAUGGUGACUUCUUAAAGAUAUAUGAAAAUGGGCAAAUGUACGAAGGAUCACCAAGCAGAGGAUAUUCAACUAAUGAAUUUGCUGGUAAAGUGUUCAAUUUGGAUAGUGGUGUAACCACAAUUCACCUGGAUUCAUCUGUCACAAGAUCAGAAAAAGGAUUUAAAGCAACUUGGUCACCAGCUUGUCCUGACCCUAAUUAUGAUGAAAAUACGAUUGUGAAUCCACCGCCACUAAACAGAAACUACCGAGCUGUCACUACUGUCUCGUGUAAACUCGGGUACGCUUUUCAGCAGGAACAGAUACCUGCGGGACAAACAUCGUUAGAUAUUGAAUGUGGAUACAAAGGUGUAUGGAAGAAUUACAGACAAGUUCCAAGAUGUACACCAAGAUACUGUGGAGAUGUUCCAGUCAGCACUAACGGUUACAUAGUGUCAUCAACGGGGACAGUGUAUGGAAGUAAGGUUACUUAUGAAUGCAAUCCUGGUACAGUUGCUAGUGGCAACUUGGAAAUAACAUGUAGAUCAGAUGGUACCUGGGAAAGUCCUCCUAUUUGUAGAGCCGGAGGAUGUCCAAAUGGCGUUGUUAGUGAAACAAUCGCAAACGGGCAAGGUGAACGUAAAUUUGGAGAUGGAACAUCAAUUGGUACAAUAUAUGAGUACACAUGUAAUGCUGGUUAUGAGUUUGUAGGGCAACCAUAUGUUAUAUGUAAGGAUGAUGCCACUUGGUCUCAGAAUGGUGCACCCACAUGCAGACUUUUGACCUGCCUCCUACCAAGCAUUAAGAAUGCACUUUACAAUGGGUAUACUGCUGGUAACUUGGUAAAUGUUGGUAUAAAUGUUGGUGUCACUUGCAGCAAUGGUUAUGAGUUUGCAACAGAUAGUCCGCAAAGUGUCACAUGUAACAAUGACAGAACCUUGUCAGCUUUGCCACAGUGUGUAGACAAGGACGAGUGUACAGAUACAAACAUAUGCGGAUUCAAAUGUCAUAAUACAGAUGGAAGCUAUUAUUGUUCUUGUGACGCAGGUUAUACUUUAUCAACGUCUGACAGGAGAAGUUGUAAUGAUAUAGAUGAGUGUGCAUCUAAUCACGAUUGCGACGGAACGUGUAUAAAUGAGCAGGGAUCAUACAGAUGUGAAUGCAGUGCUCCAUAUGUGCUAUACACAGCAGAUUUGGUCUCCAAUUACGCUAUUCCACGAGGAGCAGGUGAAAGAGGAGAUUUAUCGACUGACACUUAUCAUAUUGGUCAUUCUUGUGUUUUGUUGAGUUGUGAUACCCCUGUCCAGAAUAUUGAAAACGGAAAGAUUCUUACAAAACGAGAAUAUCAUCGAUAUAGUGAUCAUGUAGAGUAUAAUUGUAACAUAGGCUUCACCCCUCGAAGAAUCGUACGUUUCUGCGGUUUUGAUGGACAGUGGACUGGAACCGAACCAGUAUGUCAAGCUGCAAGCUGUGCAGAGACUGUUCCGAAUUUUCUCCAAACAACACCUGUUGUUGAGAGCGGACCUUAUAACUAUGGUCAGCGCCUUACUCUACAGUGUACUGUUGGGGAUAACACUUUUGACAAGUACAGGUUCUGCACCUACAAUCCUAAUACUGAUGAUUAUGAAAUGCAAGGAUCACAAUAUGAAUGUGGAGUGAUUGAUUGUGGUACACCAAAACAGGCACCAGGGAGUUCCUAUGCUUUGCCAAGUGUUACAACAUUGGGAAGCUUCUUUGAUUUUACUUGUCAAUCUGACACACGUGAAGGGCAAACUCAGGCAGGGUCUGACAGUCGAGUCUUUUGUUUGAAAGAAGGAUAUUGGGACUUUGGAAGCUUGCAGUGUACUGGAGAGAAGUGUUUGGACCCCACAUACCCACCAGAUGGUGAUAUAAUAGCUGAUAGUUUUGCAGACAGAAGCACCGUUAGCUUUAAAUGUCUUAGGCAAGGAUACAGCCUCUCUAAUGAUGUGACCUUGACCUGUAAUAGAGACAACUUCUUUUCUAAUAAUGAACAAGUGCCCACAUGUAGAGACACAGAAAAACCGGUUAUCAACAAUUGUCCAACAACCCCAAUAUCGAUAAGAAAAUACGAGGCUCUGCCACCAAGGCUACCUCAGUUGACAGUCAGUGACAACACAGCCGUCCGCAGCUUCACCAUAUCUCCUAGCAACGCUAAUACAACUUAUUUUGUAAGCAAUAACUUACAAGUUGUAUAUACUGCAACAGAUUUUGCUGGUAAUGUUGAAACAUGCACAGUAAAUGUUGAAGUAACAGAUGAGGAACCUCCACUGAUAAAUUGCCCAGCAGAUCGUAUUGUGUUUAUGGACACUGAUAAUGAAGAAAAACAAUAUGAUAAGCUAAGCAUUGAAGAUGUUGUACCUCUAAAUCAGCGGGACCAAAUCAAGCAAUUUUUUGUUACUGGUGAACCAGAGAUUCUGAGGACUAACGAUUUGUACAGAACAUACACAUUUACUAUUCAAGUGGAAGACCAGGCUGGAAAUCAAGCAUCUUGCAGGCAGCAAAUUUUUGUACAGCCACGACCUUGUAGUGAGAUCUCUUACCCCACCCCUCUAAAUGCUAAGAAGGAAUGCACUUUCAGUGGAAAUACAAGGACAUGUGUAUUAACAUGUGAUGAUUUGUACACAUUUGAAGAUGGUAAGACAAAAACAGUACAAUGUUCUAGCGGAAGUUGGGGCAACACUCCUUGGAUACCAGCAUGUGUGAGAGAUGUAACUUCACCGGUUGUUUCUUGUCCAUCGUCAUCCACAAUUUCUAAUCUAGACCAAAGAGGUGAAACUUUUGAAUUUGAUUUUGCGACCAAUCUUGGAAAUUCAGUUGGUGUAAAUGAUUUAAACACAUAUGGUAAUGCACAAUUUAUUCCGGAGAAAUAUACAUUUACUGAGACAGAUCUGUACAGACCAAAGGUGGUAAUAGUUCAAGUGACAGAUACAGCAGGAAACACUGGGUCCUGCAGUUUUGAUUAUACAGCUGUUCCCCCUGUAUGCUCUGAGCUGUCUCUUCUUGCACCUAUCGAUGGAAGUAUUUCUGGUACAAGACGUGCAGCAACAAGUACACGAUCUGCUGGUUGGGAUGUUACAAUUACAUGUAACUCUGGUAAAAUUCUAAGAAAUGUUGGUGCUUCAACAACAGUGAGCUGCAAUGAUGGACAAUCAUGGUCUAAUAGUGACAUAUUUCCAAUAUGUAUUGAUGAUAAUGCCGGACCAACUCUGGCUUGCCCAACUUCUGCAUAUGAAAGAAUUACAACAGGAGAUGAUGAAAGGAGGAUUGUUUUUGCUAAUGAUGCUAAAUAUGCUGGAACUGCAACUGACCUCAGUGGUAUUGCUAGCAGAUCAUAUCAACCGGCCUUCAUUGAUGUUAACUUUAAUGCACUAAAUACAGUGAGACAAAUAUCCCUUACAGUUACUGACAAUGCAGGAAAUCCUUCAGUGUGUUCAUUUCAGGUGGCAAUUAUAGCUGAGGAAUGCUCACCAUUGGCGUUACCUACACCAGCUAAUGGAGCUAAAGCUUGCACUGAAACAUUUAAUGGAUGGUCAUGCGAGCUCACCUGUAAUCCUAACUAUUCCUUCUACUCGACAACACAAAAUACCAUCACAUCAUCCUGUAUAAAUGGCGGAGACUUUAACACUUACAUACCUGAUUGUGCACGUGAUGAUGAUACUACAAGUAAACAGUUCAUUGGGAAAAUGAGGUAUGAAUAUGUACCAGAAAGCACUUCAAUUACCAGCAUUCCACAAUCAUGUAUAACAGGCUAUAAAACUACAUUGUCGGCUGGUGCACCCUCAAUCCUAGACAGAAUGACAACACGUCUGAAAAAUUCUUGCGAUAACAAUUACGGUCCAUUCAAUGCAGACUUUGUACUUUCGUUCCUACCAGAUAGCACCGACGUGACUAUUCAAACUAAUGGAAGAACGGUUGAAAUGAUUUUUUCCUACACCAUAGUUUAUAGCGACACUUCUAUAUAUGAGAAGUGUGCGACCUCAUUCCUCAAUGAUAUUGAUGGAAUCGGCAACACUUAUCCUUUGAGUGGUAAUAUUCCAGCCAGUGGAAACUGUCCGGAGUUAAAAUGGGAUCAGGUAGCUGAAGGCGCAGGCCGGGGGUUAUUCUGUGCCGCACCAUUUUUUGCGUCCCUUACUAAUAAUGAACAAUGUGUCCGAUGUCCAUCUGGCACGCAGUCUAACGGAGAAUUUUGCUCAAUAUGCCCAAAAGGUACAUACAGGAACUAUGCAGAUGCUUCAUGCAUUCAAUGCCCCACUGGUUAUACAACAAGAUAUCCCGGUGCCUUAAAUAGUGGAUCGUGUAUCGCCCCUUGUACUGGAUCAAUUUCUACAACUGGAUUUAGUCCCUGUUUAACUUGCCAGAAAGGUAGCUACAGAUCUGACAGUUUGACAUGUCAGUCUUGUGGAUUUGGGCAGACGACAAAUGGAGAUGGCGCCACUAGCAUAGAUGCUUGUGUAUCUAGUACUAUCGAUGAUGUACCAUGCACAAUAGGGACUCAGCUGAAUGGCAACACCUGUGAACCAUGUCAAAUAGGUACAUACAGAAGUGUAAACACAUUAUCCAACACCUGUGUAGUUUGUCCAGUAGCUGGGACAAGUACUUAUAUUAGAGGAGCAACAUCAAGUAGUCAAUGCUAUGCAACAUGUAGACAAGGGUUUACAUCUUCAACAGGUUUAGCUCCAUGUACAGCCUGUCCUAUUGGUCAGUAUUCUGUAAGUUCAACACAAUGUGAAACCUGUCCAACAGGUUUUACAACAACAUAUGCCGGGCAGUAUCCUUGUGUCGAGAUCAGUUCACUCAGAAUAAAGUGCCCAAGAGGUACCUCAAGAGAUAUAAAUAGCCAGUGUGUAAACUGUGCUGAGGGAACAUACAACUCAAAUGAGGAAGGUUCUUGUACCUCCUGUCCUGCUACUGAUACAACUUUCUUUGCUGGUGCUACAGCAAGAACUAUGUGCAGAUCCAAGUGCCCGCCAGGAUUCUACUCAAGCACCGGGAAGGCACCGUGUACUCCUUGUGGUAUCGGCAGGUAUUCAUCAACAUUCGGAGCCACAGAUUGUACGCCUUGCAGUAUAAAUAAUGAUAUGAUAACCGCCACAACUACAUCAACUUUCGAUUCACAAUGCAUAAGAAAAUGUGAUGAAGGAUAUUUCUCAUUCAAUGGUUAUAAUCAGAAUGGAGCAUGUAGGCAGUGUCCCAGGAAUCACUAUCAGUCCCAGAAAGGGCAAGAUAGUUGUAAUCAAUGUACACCAAGUUCCUCGUAUUCUACAGAAACUGGUUUGACUUCAUCUACCCAAUGCCUUGCCGCUGGUACCCUAUGUAAUAACUACUGCUCAAAUGGAGGUAACUGUGUCAUUAGAAACAAUGAACCAGUAUGUGAUUGCACACCAGGCCAAUACUUUGGAACAAGAUGUUCGACUCAAGUUGAUCACUGUAGAUCAAAUCCUUGUUAUAACAACGGAAUUUGUUCAAGCACUGCUGCUGGUUACACUUGUGAUUGUAGAGGUUUUGCCACUGGAACAAGAUGUGAAACUUUGGUGAAAAAAUGCCAAACAGGUUCAAAUCCAAGUUGUAAAAAUGGUGGCCAUUGUAUUAAUAGACUCAAUUCAUUUUGA